AUGGCAGGCAUUCUUAUAGGCGUCGGCGCCAUGUUAGUGGGGAAAGCCCUGGUAACGCCUUACGAAAAAUGUCGAGAUUACGAACGCACAGUACGUCAAGUAGGGAAUGACUUGGAAAAUCUCAACAUCGCCCUCGAAAACAUCAGGCAACACGAACUAAAGGAUUCUGCUCUCGAUUUCCUACAUAAGGCCGAGAGACAAUAUGAGCGCUCUGUUAAGGUGCUAAAUCGAUACUAUCCAGAAACCCUCCCCACGACAAGACUGCUGGGCUACAGUAUAGAAAACGGCAGGUACAAACACCUACUUGACAUUGGAGUUGAGGCAAAUCAGACAACAAGAACUCUUAACGACAUACUCGGCGAGGAGCGCUGGAAGAAGAUCAUGUCCAAAGGAGAGGCCGUGAAAAACAAGCUGGACAAGGGCGGGGAUGCUCUGGAUAAGCUGCAAGGGGCGCUUGAUUGCCUGCGUAAGGAUAUCACUGUCCUGAAGACCGCCAGAGACGUCGACGAGGCCGACGUGGCCAUGCAACGUUUGUUAAAGUCAUCCAGACGUGCACUCCAGGUCCAACAACGUACCGGACGUCCAAAGCAUGAAAUGGCUAAGUUGAUAGAAAACCUCAACGACGCUUUCGAGUACCUCCUCAACACUAACAACAAUCGAGAAAAAAAGAGGGCAAUCAAGUACUUGGGUGGCGUCAUUCAGGAUGUCGAUGGCGAAUUGAACAACCUGGGUAUACUCCAGUCCCCGAAACAACAAAGAGAGGUUCAUUACAACCUGGCUCCUCAUGUAGAGGAUGUGACGACCAAUCUGAAAGAGAAAGGUGGACAUGAAUUUGUAGCCCAGGGAAUGAAGCGUAGCAGUAGCUAG